AUGAUCGUCACCCUCCAUGACUUCACACGGUUGCUGCAUCGGUUCACCGGGUUGAACCUAGCCGGGCAGGAUCGGAGCAAGUCGCUGGAUCCCUCACGGAUCACAGAGCUCCAGCUCCACGAAGAAAAGCAGGAUGCGAUCCCCGCACAUCGGAGAAUUGCAUACCUCUUCCAUCGACUUUCAUCACAAGUCAUCCUCUCCCAUGUUUGUAUUCCCUGUAUAGACCGUACUGACCUCUUCCCUAGAAACCCUCUCAUGCAAUGCCUUUGGCUGGACUCUCUCAAUGAUCAGUCCCACCUACCACACCCUUAA